AUGAGGAUCGCUGGAGCUCAGCUGAAGGGGACCUUGCGUCAGGUCUGGUGUGGUGCAGUUCAGCUCUUCACAGCUGACUCGCCCGACAGCCGGAGGGACAAGCUGCUUCUCUCUGUCGCCUGUCUCGCCUUGAGCAUCUUCCUGUCAUGCCUGCUCUUCCUUGGCCUGCGCUACUCUCUGAAGUACGAGGUCGUGGUUUCCGCUGGGGUGGCGGUUGCUUUUGCCAUUGGUUCUACCGUAGCCUUGUCCUCAUCGCAUUGCGUCCGCUGCUUUGCCGUGCUGGUCCUCAUCUCCUGCGGCCUGAAGCAGACGCGGAAUGUACUUAUCGCCGCCGGAACAAGUUUAGUGAUCUUGUGGAACGUUCAGAACACACUGGAGAACCUCCGGGGCCUGGCCAAAAGUUUGCUCUGCAACCUGGAGGCCAAGAAAGUCCUAGUGGACCUGGCUCCGCUCAGCAACUAUGUGCAGAUGCUGAAAUGGGUCGGGGGGCAGCUCAAGCACUUCACAGACUUUGGCGUUGUGGACAGCAAGUCAGAGUUCAAGCUGAAGGCCUCGGUCGACUCGGUGGAGUUCCAGCAAAAGGUGUCUGAGGCCAAGCAGGUGCUGAACCAUACGGCCAUGUCUGCCCUGGCCACCAUGAGCACGGCCUCUUCUGUUGCCCAGAAGUGUUUCCCAGGGCUGGGCAUCCUUUUGCUCGUGUUCCUCACCUUCCGCUACGUGAAGAAGUACCGCACGGACAGGAGGUUUCAGAACAUCUUCAUCACCAACGCCCUGCUGCGGUACGACGAGCAGCAGAGGGCCCGGGGCAGGCCCUCCAUUUUCCCGCUGACGGAGAAAGAGAAAAAGCGCUACGUUGUCAUUCCGUCUUCCCGUCCUUCUGCAAAGGAGGGAAAGGCCAUGUUGAAAUUUGCCAUGCCGGUCUUGACUAACCUGCUUAUCUGGCUGUUCUUCAUUGGCAUCGAUGCGCUGGUGUAUUGGAUCAUAGGAGUGCUUCGCACACGACUAGAGGAACUGGAACCGUUUCAGGUCCCUGUGAUCAUGCAUCUAAAGGAGGACAAGGCUGUCAUCGGGAUCCCAAUCCCUGUGGACAGAAGCAGGCAUGACUACUCUUACAGCAUCUCCCUCUUUGAGAAGAAGUGUCUGCCAGAGCCCAAGCUGCUGGUGUACUCCACCGCACCCCUGGUCAUUAUUCUCACCCUGCUGGUGGGCCUCAGUCUCCUCUCAGCCAAACUCACCCAACUCCGGCUGUUCGUGUCCGAGCACUUCUUCUCGGAGCAUGCAGAGGCGCGAGCCCAGCACCUGCACGAGAAGAUCCUGAGGAAGAGAUCCAAGACGAAGUUGGACAUGCUGAAAGAAGAGCUGGCGACGCUGGUCAAGCAGGCUCAGUUUUGGUGUCCGAUCAUAUUUGGACAACAGCAGAACAGUUUUGAACCUCUAGCCUGACCCAGUCUUCAUCAGACAUGAUUAGUGCCAAGUGGAGUGCAUGGUCAGUGUACAGUACGUUCUGCUUCUACAUUAGAUUGCAACAAUUUUGAACAGAUAGUAUAGCCAAGGAAGCAUUCCUGGUUGAAUGUUGCAAAUUGUGGGAGGUUGAAAAGUGCCUUGUGAAAUUACAGAAAACGUGAAGUUCAAAAGCAGAAGCUUAGUGAUGAAUGAAUAUGAAAACUAUAUUUACUUGAUGAUGGAUCAAUAAUGGACUCAAAAAACCCCCUACAAAAUGACCCUUCAUUUUAAAGCUGCACAUUUCUUGCUGAGAAAAGCCUAUUGAAUGGUAAAUGGAUGUGGACUGUUGCAGCUAUACUGUAGAAGCAGCUGUUUGCAACAGUGGUGUGUUCUCUGAUCUCUCAGAUGUAUGAAUUUGGCCUCUCCAUGUGCCCUUUUCAUGAUUUCAUGAACCCCUAAACCUACCCUGAUUCUGUACUGAUGUCACGUCAAUGGCUUUUAUUGAUGUGUAUCUCAACUCGAAGUGUCACUCAGGUUAUGGCAUAGUGAGAUAUAUGUUUCUGCCAAGGCAGCUGAAGGUCCCUCCCCUGAGAGGAUAGCACCUGAGGGGAUUGUUUUAAAUUUACAGGAAAAGUUUUUUUUUGUUGUAAUUCUCUAUACUUUUCACAGUGAAGAAGAAAGUCCUCCUCCGUCUCAACCUUUCCUGUCUGGCAUUGACCACGUGUUCUCUCCUCUUUUGGCAGCCAGGUUUUUCUCUCUACCUGUUCCCACUGCAAGGGGGUGGUCACUGAGCCUGUACUUGGUCAGGAUUUGCCUCUGCUGUGUACAGUAUAUAUAUAU